AUGAAUGGAUACCUGCACAUCCAACCGUCCACAAUCAAGACGAUCAACUUAAAAAAUUACCAGCUGCUAGGUAUUAACUGGCUACUUAUGUUGUACCGUAAGAACAUUUCGUGCAUCUUGGCUGAUGAGAUGGGGCUUGGAAAGACUGCUCAGGUCAUUGGAUUUCUUGCGCGUCUCAAAGAAAUUGGGGACAAUGGUCUACAUUUGAUUGUCGUGCCUGCUUCUACAUUGACCAACUGGAUGCGAGAAAUCGAGCGAUUUUGUCCAGAACUCAAAGUACUUUGUUAUUAUGAUAAAGCAGAAGUUAGACGCGAGCUCCAAGAUUUGAUUCUUCACAAUCCUGACCACGGGUAUAAUAUCGUCUUGACAAGCUAUACUAUUGCUACUCAAUCCAAAGAAGACCGCAGUGCUUUAAAGAAAAUGAAGUUUAAAUCCCUGAUUCUCGAUGAGGGUCAUAUGAUCAAAAACUGUACUUCAGCACGUUAUUCUUCCCUCAUGUCGUAUAAGAUUCCUUUCCGACUUUUGGUUACAGGAACACCUCUUCAAAACAACCUUCAGGAACUUGUGUCGCUCUUGAUAUUUAUUAUGCCGGAGAUGUUCGCAGAAUUUGAAGAUGAAGUGAGAACUAUCUUCAAGAUUAAGUCCAUGACUACAGCCGAAGAUACUGAGAAAGAGAAAGACGAAUCUAAUCAGUCCCGAACAAAACAAAGCUCAGUGCAGAUUCUGUCCCAAAAACGCAUUGCACGAGCCAAGAAAAUGAUGACACCAUUCGUAUUACGCCGUAAAAAAGAAGAUGUAUUGAAAGACCUGCCCAAAAAGACCCGUGUUGUCGAGAAAUGUAAAAUGACAGAACGCCAGAAGGAACAUUUACUUUUAUCAGAAAUCAAGCAUGAAUCUGACGAUGAGGCACCUGCAGCUGGAGAGAACGAUGAAAACUUUUCCAAUAUUUCCAAUAUGAUUAUUCAUCUUCGUAAAGCAGCAGACCAUCCACUGCUUUUUAGAUAUAUCUACAACGACAAAAAGAUCCGUAAGAUGGCAAAGGCAAUCAUGAGGGAAGAAAGAUACUGGGAUGCUGACGAAGAUUACAUCUACGAGGAUAUGUCUUAUAUGAAUGAUUUUGAGUUGAGUAAGCUCUGCGAGGCACAUAGAACCAUUUCAUCGUUCAAGCUAAAGGAUGAGGAAUGGAUGGAUUCUGGAAAGGUUGAAAAACUAAAGGUUCUGCUACCCGAGAUGAAAGCAAAGAAACAAAAAGUCCUGAUCUUCUCCCAAUUCACUCGUAUGCUGGAUAUUCUUGAGCUGGUUAUGAAUACACUUGAGAUCCGUUAUUUGCGAAUGGAUGGCUCGACAAAGGUUACCGAAAGACAAACUACCAUAGAUUCAUUCAAUGAGAAUCCCGAGUUUGAUGUAUUCUUAUUGAGUACAAAGGCUGGUGGCUUUGGUAUUAAUUUAACUGGUGCAAACGUGGUUAUCCUUUAUGACCAUGAUUUCAACCCCCAGACUGAUAGACAAGCCGAAGAUCGUGCGCAUCGUGUCGGACAAACCAAAGAUGUUACUGUUUACAAAUUAAUGUCUGAAAACACGAUUGAAGAGUAUAUUCUUGAGAUGGCUGAACUCAAGUUGCGUCUUGAUGACACAAUCUCUUCUAAAGCUCCACGAGAGGAAGAUUCUAUAGCAUCAAAUAUGCAGAGUUUGCUCAAGAGAACUCUUAUGGCUUCCACUAAUUAA